GAGAAGAGGAAGUGGGAAGGGAUGUGAAAGUUGGCGACAGUUCAGCACCGCCCCUGCUGGGUGUCCCACAGGGGUCCCCGGGCGGAGGGCAGGACACCCAGUCGAGUUGACAACCCGGCAGUGGCAUCAUGGAAGCCCCCUGGGGUUGGCUGAUGGUCGGCGUGCUGGCCGUAUCCCUGGCCUCCACGGGGACCCAGGACGUGUGCCGAGCUCUGAACGGGAAGGAUGGGGCCCCCGGAAUACCGGGCCGACCCGGGCGGCCAGGCCCCAAGGGGGAGCGAGGAGAGCCAGGGGCCCCCGGCAUCCAGACAGGCAUCCGAGGCCUUAAAGGAGACCAGGGGGAGCCUGGGGUCCCUGGAAGUCCUGGCAACAUGGGCUACCCAGGGCCCAGCGGUCCCCCGGGGGUCCCUGGUGCCCCAGGAUUGAAGGGCAUCAAGGGAAACCCAGGAAACUUGAAGGACCAGCCACGGCCAGCCUUCUCGGCCGUGAGGCGGAACGCGCCGUUGGACAGCAACAUGGUCAUCUUCGACGAGGUCAUCACCAACCAGGAGGGCUCGUACGACAGCAGAACGAGCCACUUCGUCUGCUCCGUCCCGGGUUACUACUACUUCACCUUCCAGGUGGUGUCCAAGUGGGACGUCUGCCUGUCCAUCGUGUCCUUGAGGAGGGACCAGGUCCGGCACUCCUUGGGCUUCUGCGACACCAACAGCAGGGGCAUCUUCCAGGUGGUGUCUGGGGGCACCGUGCUCCAGCUAGACCGAGGGGACAAGGUCCGGAUUGAAAAAGAACGUGGCCGGAUUUACCAGGGCUCCGAGGCGGACAGCGUCUUCAGCGGCUUCCUCAUCUUCCCGUCCACCUGAGCCCGGGAAGGACCCCUCCCCGCCCUGGCCUCACCCGCUUCCUGCUGUGUGACCCUGGCCCACUCACGCCACCUCUCUGGUGUCUAUGCUGUGCUCUGUAAGGUGUGGGUGCUGCUGCUUUAGAUGCCUGAAGGGAGAUCCGUGUCUUAGAACUCUUCCCAGAAUAAAGUCCUGCGUCCGUG